UGCGGGGCAGGCGUGGGUUUGCUCUUGCUGAUUUCCCGGUGCGCUCGGUUUUCCAGGUUAAACUUGCUAAGCACGCGGGUCACCCUGGCGCCCAUCGCACCGGCUCACAAUGUGUCGACGGGGAGGUCUGCCAAUAUCCAAGACGAGAUAAAGAAAAAAGAUGAAAAGCUUCUUACUUUGUUGAAGGAUGUCCGUGUUGAUUCCAGUGAUCCAGGCUUGCAAAAGAAAAAAGGGAGAAAUCUCCUACGUAAGCAGGAAGAUUACAGGCCGCUAAUAGAUGGACAGUUCAAUUAUCUGGACAUUCAGGCUGUUCCCAAAGGCAAAGUCUUGAUAGAGGAAGCCUUGACUCUUCUCAACAAUCAUCAACGCUCUCCAGAGACAUGGACUGCUGAGAAAAUAGCAGAUAAAUAUUCUUUAGAACUGAAGGAUGUGAAUAACCUUUUAACAUUCUUCAUCCCGUUUGUUAUGGAGUUCCUUCCUUACAAAGACCAGAAAACCCUGGACUCCAAAUAAAAAUUGCAAGAGAACUCUA